AUUUGCUUGUAUUCUCAUUAUUGCUUGAUAAACGAGUCUAUUGUAUUAGUUAUUUAUGGGUUAACAAUGCAAGGUAGUAGUUUUGCUCCAGAUCUGCUAGUUUUGGGCCAUUUAAGUUGCUUACGUUGUUGUCAUUUCGUUGGUUAAUUUUACUUCCAUUCGAUUAGUUAAUCCGUCCACAUAGUUUACCAAUUGUAUAAGUAUUGCAUUCCCAUGCCUUGCCAUUCUUUGUUUCAAUUGGAUCAAUCCUUUUCAUUUCGCUUGGCUAUCCAUUUACUAGAUUCAGUUGUAGGAAGUUAGUAACGUUUAUUAUUAUAAUAAUUAUUAUUGCUUGAGUAAUUGGUAACACUUUUAAGAUUGUAUUAUUAAAUUUUAGUCUGCGGUUUUUCACUAGGAACACGGAUCUAAGUCUCAAAGACAAGCUUGCAACUUGCCUAACUAUAAUACUUCUAUUAUGUGUUUCACGCAAUACGUAAUGGAUGGACGCUUGUUUUUCCCAACGGUUGGGCACUAGGCAUCCAUAGUUUGCUUUCUUAAUUUUGAUGGUUUUGAUUUUUUUUUUCCCCAAAAUUAACCGUUACCCUUUUUCAUGUGGUCAAACUUGAAAUGGGUUAGGUCGGAUUUCACAAAAUGUUCGUAGGAUUCAUUUCUUGUUUCUAGUCUUAAUGAUUAAGUUUGUUUUGUUUUAUUUCUUUCUAAUUUCGCUAGCAAAUGCAGAAAAUAUGGUAUUUUUGGAUUGAGAAACAUACAUGAUUCAUUCCAGUGAUUUGGAUUUUGAUUUUACUGAUGGUCCUUUCAUAUUAUUUUUUCUUUUAACAGGUUCGGUCAGUCUUCAUACCAGAUAAAUCCCAAGUGAAUUUGUAUUGCCUUUUUUUUUUUUUUUGACAUUAAGAGCCCAGAGGCUUGAGUUAUCAGACAAAAAGGCUUCUUUUGGAUGGUGAGAUUGGUAUGAGGUUGUUAUAGUGGGAUGAUAUUUGUAUCAUGAUUGUGUAGUGUGUGAGUGAGUGGGAAAAUCUGUUUGAAUUUUUCAGAAUUAGGUAUACAAUGAGGGGAAGAUCUGAUGGGAGCCAGAAGAAGCGAUUGAUCACUUCUUUCUGUGUAGUGGCUAUCUUUCUUGGAUUCAUAUACUUUUAUUAUGGAUCCAUUUUUGGCUCUCAAAGCCGUGGUGCAGCAGCUAUAGAAUAUGGCAGCAAGUCCUUGAGAAAACUUGGGUCAUCUUAUUUGGGUGGGGAUGACGACUCUGAUGGAAAACAAGAUGAUUUUACCAAAUUUGGACAGGAAGAUGGACAGGAAUACACUGUACCUAAGAGCUUCCCUGUUUGUGACGAUCGACAUUCAGAACUCAUUCCCUGUUUAGAUAGGAAUCUUAUAUAUCAGAUGAGACUGAAGCUGGAUCUCUCCUUGAUGGAACACUAUGAACGACAUUGCCCCCCUCCAGAAAGGCGAUACAAUUGCUUGAUUCCUCCUCCACCAGGUUACAAGAUCCCAAUUAAGUGGCCAAAAAGUAGAGAUGAGGUAUGGAAAGCAAACAUUCCUCAUACUCACCUUGCACAUGAGAAAUCUGAUCAGAACUGGAUGGUUGUGAAAGGUGAGAAGAUAGUAUUUCCUGGGGGAGGCACGCAUUUUCACUAUGGAGCUGAUAAAUAUAUUGCUUCGAUUGCAAAUAUGCUGAACUUUUCAAAAAAUAAUUUAAACAAUGAAGGAAGGCUAAGAACAGUUCUGGAUGUUGGCUGUGGUGUUGCUAGCUUUGGUGCUUAUCUUUUGUCAUCCAAUAUCAUUGCAAUGUCCUUGGCACCUAAUGAUGUGCAUCAAAACCAAAUCCAGUUUGCCCUAGAAAGAGGAAUUCCUGCAUAUCUUGGCGUUCUAGGGACUAAGAGACUCCCUUACCCAAGUAGAUCUUUUGAGCUUGCCCACUGUUCACGAUGUAGAAUAGAUUGGCUUCAAAGAGAUGGUAUUCUUCUUGUUGAGCUUGAUCGUUUACUCAGACCAGGAGGCUAUUUUGCCUACUCCUCUCCUGAAGCUUAUGCACAGGAUGAAGAAGAUCUCAGGAUUUGGAGAGAAAUGAGUGCACUUGUGGGACGGAUGUGUUGGAAAAUAGCUGCUAAGAGGAACCAAACAGUCAUUUGGCAAAAACCUUUAACAAAUGAUUGUUAUUUGGAAAGAGAACCUGGUACACAACCUCCUCUCUGUCGAUCUGAUGAUGAUCCAGAUGCAGUGUGGGGUGUGCAAAUGGAAGCUUGCAUUACACCUUACUCUGAUCAUGACCAGAGAGUUAAGGGGAGUGGUUUGGCUCCCUGGCCAGCUAGAUUGACUACUCCUCCUCCUAGACUUGCUGAUUUUGGCUAUUCCAGCGAAAUGUUUGGGAAGGACACGGAACUCUGGAGACAUAGAGUGGAGAAUUAUUGGAAUCUCUUGAGUCCAAAGAUUCAAUCAGACACCCUGAGAAACGUGAUGGACAUGAAAGCAAGCUUGGGGUCGUUUGCAGCUGCCCUUAAAGACAAGGAUGUUUGGGUUAUGAAUGUUGUGCCUGAAGAUGGACCAAACACACUGAAAGUGAUAUAUGACAGAGGCCUGAUUGGCACUGUACACAACUGGUGUGAAGCCUUUUCAACAUAUCCUCGGACUUAUGAUUUGCUCCAUGCUUGGACUGUCUUUUCCGACAUUGAGAAGAAAGGCUGUAGUGCUGAAGAUUUGCUUAUAGAGAUGGAUCGAAUGCUUAGACCUACUGGUUUUAUAAUCAUUCGUGAUAAACAAAGCGUAGUAGAUUUUGUAAAGAAAUAUUUAGUGGCAUUGCACUGGGAAACAGUGGCGACAGCCGAUCCCAGUUCAGAAUCAGACCAGGAUGGAGAUGAUGUGGUGUUUGUUAUCCAAAAGAAGUUGUGGCUAACAAGCGAAAGUCUCAGAGAUACAGAAUAGGACAACUUAACAGAGUCUCUUCCAUCUCUAUAUUUCCAAAUUCCAAGUGCGCCAAUAGAUUAAGAAGGUUGUUUCAAGCAAGUGAUGCAGAAAACAUUUUUCAUGUUGUAGCAUUAAGUGUUCACAUUAAUUUUCCCCCCUUCCAUAUAAUGAUUCAAUUUGAUAGAGAUAAACUAUCAGGAAAUUCAGCUUCUAUAGGCUAUUCUUCGUUUUUUUCUUUUCUUUUCUUUUCUUUUCUUUUUUACCUUUGGCCCUUUUUGUUUUUAGGUUAAUGAAAAGUACUCAGCUAUUGGUGAAUAACAACACGAAAUAUGUGAAGCUGGAGUAUAUAAGAAUUCUGGCUUCUAAUCGUCAAAUUAUUUAUAAUGAAUCUAUUUGCUUAAAGUUA